AAUUAUAAAUGUUUUAACACCUGUUGACGGGAAUGAAUGUGGAAGGAGAAGUACUGAGCAUGUAACAGAGAAUAUAAAAUUGGAUCUCUGCCAACCUUUACACCUGUUUUAACAAACAUACUAAACAUUAAACUAGAAUGGGAAGCCUGGGACGGAAUCUAAAGAUAAUGCGCUGCUUGGCCCCGCUAGAGUUUUUAGGGAAGAUACCUGGGUGUCGCAGAUGCAGCAGCAUGAGUUCCUGGAACACCAAUGAGUUCAAACCGAAGAAGGUUGUCGUCCUUACCAAGGUUUCCAGAUAUGAGUUUGAGAAACUGCAGAAUGAGACGUGUACAUCAGAACGCCAGCUGGAAGAACUGCUUACAAAGCGUGGGAGUGAUUAUAACAUGAUUAGAUAUCAUCACAACGUACACAAGGCGAUGGAGCAGGAGGUAGUUCGAACCCUGGAGGAUAAAGGGAUAGAGACUAAAAUUGUGAAAAGGUUCCAGUACAAUGACGAGGUUGUCAAGUGGGCAGAUCUUAUACUUACCACAGGUGGAGACGGAACCUUCCUGAUGGGUUCAAGUAAAAUCCUGAACAGAUAUAAACCUAUCCUUGGGAUAAAUACAGAUCCAACCAGAUCAGAAGGACAUCUCUGCUUACCCAAGCAUUACUCAUUCAAUAUCAAGGAGGCCAUUGAUACCAUCCUGGAGGGUAGGUUCAGAUGGUUCUUCAGGAGAAGGUUGAGGAUCACGUUGAUCGGAGAUAAGGAGAAGAUCAAUAAGACUCCAUAUGAACUUCAUGAUCAACAACUUCAGUAUCCUGAAUACCGGUAUAUGGACCUGAUGACUGAAUCCUCUGAGGCCGGAGAUCAUCCGUUCAAGGAGCCCGGGAACCCGGAGAACUCGGUUCAAUCUAGUAAAGUUCUCCCAGUUCUAGCACUCAAUGAAAUAUAUAUCGGAGAGAGCUUGUCCAGUCGAGUCUCGUACCUAGAGCUGAAGAUUGACCAGGGACCAGUGUUUAAAACUAGAAACAGUGGACUCUGUAUUUCAACAGGAACAGGUUCAACAAGCUGGACGUUUAACAUAAACAAGUUGACCCAUCAUGCUGUAGAAAACCUCCUCAAGAUUGCAUACGAGACAACAAGAUUUCCUCUAAAUUGGAAGGAUCCCAAGCUAGUGGAAGCUAUCGCUCAGAAGUUUAAUAACGAGCUAGUUUAUGAUCCUGAAGCUGAAAAAAUGUGCUAUACACUCAGGGAUCCUAUAUCAGUUGGGACCUUUCCUACAUCCACUGAGAGUAGACCACGUGGGAGCGCUAAGCGCAUUGCCGUCAGAUCUAAAUGUUUCGACGCCAGUCUCGUGAUAGACGGGAGUCUCAGUUUUAAGUUCAACGACGGGACGAAGGCGAUCAUUGAGAUUUUGGAGGAGGACGCAUUGAGAACAUUUCAGCUGUAUUCUGGGAUCUAGAUUCAGGAGGACGCAUUGAGAACAUUUCAGCUGUAUUCUGGGAUCUAGAUUCAGGAGGACGCAUUGAGAACAUUUCAGCUGUAUUCUGGGAUCUAGAUUCAGGAGGACGCAUUGAGAACAUUGCAGCUGUAUUCUGGGAUCUAGAUUCAGGAGGACGCAUUGAGAACAUUUCAGCUGUAUUCUGGGAUCUAGAUUCAGGAGGACGUAACGAAUUUGUAAAGAAUAUUUUUUUAGCAGUGAGAAACCGUAUUUAUAUUUUGUAGUAAUCAACAUGGGAUGAAUUAUUUUUUUGACUCAUGCAUGACAAUUUUAAGUUCUUUCUACCCCCCUACCAUAAUACAUCCAGGUUUCCGAUGCAAAAAUAAUUUGGCUUUCAGUUCCUUCCUUGCUCCUAAGUUGGAAAUUAAUAAAGUAAACCGCGUUGAUCAGAUUCAAAACAAUCAAAGUGUAUGUGAACAUGAAAACACAGAGUUAAAAAACGUUCCUUGAAUGCGAACCAAAGAAAAUGUGCAAGCAAUGCAAUUAUUAUUUCAAGAGCUUUUUUAUGUUGUAUAUAAUCUAUUUAAUCUAUUUAAUCUAUUUAAUCUAUCUAAUCUAUUUAAUCUAUUAAUCUAUUUAAUUUAUUUUAUCUAUUUAAUCUGUACCCUUUAUAAACAGAAAAUUUGUUACACAGUCGCAAACUAAUCGCCUCAGAGAUGGAAAUGUCUAAACCCAUGAACGAGCUCAAACUUAUCAACAUUGAAGUUAAAUUAUAAGAUUUAAAAAUUCUGAUUUCAGUCAGCCAACGACAGACGGUUAAUCUCUCGGGGUUAAGACUGUACACUGUCCACUGUGAAGUGUACAUAUUACGGGCUGGAAUAACUGAUCUGGUAGAUGUCUGUAACUAAAAAUGAUUUCACUCUGCAGACAAAUUGCCAAAAAUCAAUUUCCAACAAAUUCAUAAUUUUUUUUGCAUAAUUAGCUUUAUGCUUCAUAUCCUCAACUAUUUAAAGACGGCGUGUAAUAUUAUCAGUAGUACAACAUAUUUAAUAACUUGUUUGUUACCAAUUUAUAUAUUUUUAGAAUUAGUUAUAUAUUUCUUUCUAAACAUUCUUGAGUGCCAAAUAAAUUUUAAAUGAU